GAUGUCAGCAUUUAGCGUUCCACGUCCCCCAUUCCACGUUUAGCUACGCUCAGUGCAAUCUCUUGCAGUCCGCUUUUGUAAAUGCGAGUAGGAACACUUCAGAAUGCUCGGCCGAAUACAUCCAAGGCAGGGCGGCUAUAUAUACAGCCAUGACUGCUGCAAGUAUUGUACACGAGUCUGUAUUCGACUUGAAUUUUCGCAGAAGGCGAAUAUUAGAAGCUCGCUUCGACAAUGCCCGAAUUAACGCUAUAUCGCAAAGAUGGCGCUUGUUCCUUCGUUCCACAUGCGCUCUUGCGCCACCUUGCUAUUCCUUUCAAAGCUAUCGUUAUGAGAGAGGGCCCGGAUGGCUACGAGGCGGCGGACGGUAGCCUCACGCAUGCGGAAUAUCUAAACAUCAAUCCCCUCGGUUAUGUGCCUGUCCUCAUCGUUGAUGGAGAGGUCAUCACGGAAAUGCCGGCAAUCUUGACAAUGAUUGCCCAUCUAGCCCCAGAUCAGGAGGCGGGAAGAGAAAUGCUUGGACGAACGCCGCUAGAGAAGGCCAGAGUGGUGGAAUGGAUGGCUUGGCUAUCAGGCUCGCUACACAGUCUCGGGUUUGCGGCGUUUUGGCGCGAAUAUCGGUUCGUAGAGGAGCACUCGGAAUGCUAUCCUCCGGUGAAGGAAAAGGGCAGGAAAGUCAUCAAGCAAUGCUUUGAACGCAUCGAUAAACGACUAAAAGGUAGAAAUUACGCCGUUGGGGAUGCCUUCACUGUGGUGGAUUUCAACUUGUAUCUCUUUUGGAGAUGGGGAAAUGACAUUGGUUUCAAUAUGAAAGAAAGAUUCCCGCACUAUGGGUUAGUCUUGCAGAACACGGAGAAGUUGGACAGCAUAAGAGGGGCAGUGAGGGAGGAAGGACUCUCUCUGUAUGCCUAGUUGUAAAAAUGACUAACAACUCAAUCGCUAUCGACUUCAGUACCAAAGCAAGGAGCAUAUUCUAGGGAAGUGCUAGAAGUAGAGACAUAACUGUUAGAUAGU